AUAUAGCAACUAACAUUUCCAACAUAGAACAGUACAAAAGUCAAGAAUGUUUUCUUCCAAAAUGUUUGCUCUAAUCAUGGUAGCGUUAAUGGCGGCAAUGGUGGCAGAAGCUCAAACGCCGUCGUGUGCUUCGAAAUUAGUACCAUGUGCACCUUACCUUAAUGCCACUAAACCGCCAGCAACAUGUUGUGAUCCAUUGAGAGAAGCAAUAACAAAGGAUCUUGAUUGUUUGUGUAAAUUGUAUGAGAAUCCAUCGUUGUUGCCUUCACUUGGUAUCAAUGUUACUCAAGCACUUGCACUUCCAAAAGCAUGUAAUAUUCCUGGUGAUAUAAGUGGUUGUAAAGGUGGUGCUCCUGGUCCAGGUUCUGAAGCCUUGCCACCACCAGCCACACUAGGAGGAAAAGAUGGCAACAAUGUAAACUGAUUUACGUGGUCGUGGCUCCCAGCCUCCCGCUUGGCUGAUAAUUUGAUAAGCUAUAUUGAUCAAAACAAAACUAUUCAUCCUCUGUUUGUAUUGAUGCUUUCCAACAAUUGAGUUAAUCCUCUUGGAUUGCUUUGUUUUUAAGCUAAACAGUAUAAUUUUGUACUAAUGCUCUUAUUGAAAACUUUAGAACCCCACUUGUGGGCAAACCAUCAUGAUCAAAAGUUAAAACUUGUUAAAUGUGAA